UUUAGAAAUAUAGCAAGCUUUAUUCUCAUCAUGGAACGGUGUUUAUUACUACAAACUUUGGCUUUUGCACUUGUUGCUGUUGUAUGCAUGUUCAACUUCUUGGUUAAUGCCACCACAGAUCCUAAUGAAGCGAGAGUUUUAAACGCAAUCUUUGACAAAUGGAGUAUAAUUGCGAAUCAUGAACACUGGAACAUAAGUGGUGACCUAUGCAGUGGAAGGGCCAUCGAUGACACAUCUAUCACUGAUCAAACUUACAACCCAUUCAUCAAAUGUGAUUGUUUCAGGAACAACAACAAUACUUGCCACAUUACUAAACUGAAGGUUUAUGCAUUGAGUGUGGUGGGUGAAAUUCCAGAUGAGCUAUGGACUCUAACUUACCUCACAGAAUUGGAUCUUCGCCAGAAUCACUUGACUGGUUCUAUAUCUUCGGCCAUUGGAAAUCUAACUCGUAUGGAAUAUUUAACCUUUGGCAUCAAUGCUUUGUCAGGGGAGCUUCCGAAGGAGUUAGGAAACCUUCUAGAAUUGAAAUCACUGAGUUUUUCGUCAAACAACUUCUCGGGUUCAUUCCCAUCUCACCUUGGGAAUCUGGUAAACUUAGAACAACUUUAUUUGGGUAGUUCGGGAAUUAGUGGUUCAAUUCCAUCCACUUUUUCAAAUCUGAAGAAUCUGAAGAUCGUAUACAUGAAUGAUGUGGAACUCAGAGGCAGGAUACCAGACUUUAUAGGGAAUUGGUCUAAUCUUAAUGUCUUGAGGUUUCAGGGUAAUUCUUUUGAAGGCUCAAUUCCCUUGUCAUUUUCAAAUUUGACUUCUUUGAUAGAGUUAAGAAUAAGUGGUUUGUUUAAUGGGAGCUCUUCACUGGCUUUUUUGAGGAAUUUGAAGUCUUUGAAUAUCUUGGAACUGAGGAAUAAUAAUAUUUCUGAUUCAAUUCCAUCCUUUAUUGGCGAUUUCCUUAAUUUAACCCAGCUGGAUUUAAGCUUCAAUAAUAUCACGGGACAGAUUCCAGACUCAAUUUUCAAUUUGGGUUUACUUUCUUACUUGUUUCUUGGAAAUAACAAACUAAGUGGUACCCUCCCUACCCAAAAAAGUGAGUCUCUUCUCUACAUAGAUUUGUCCUAUAAUGAUCUGUCAGGGACCCUUCCUUCUUGGGUAAACAAACAAAAUUUACAGCUCAAUUUAGUAGCCAAUAACUUGACAAUAGAGAGUUCAAAUAGCAGGGGUUUGCCUCCGGGGCUAAACUGUUUACAAAAAAAUUUUCCUUGCAACCGUGGUGUUGGAAGAUAUUAUGAUUUUGCUAUGAAGUGUGGUGGUCCUCAAAUUACGUCAUCAAAUGGAGUUGUGUUUGAAAUGGACAACCAAACUCUUGGUCCAGCUACCUAUUUUGUUACCGAUACACAUAGAUGGGCCGUUAGUAACGUCGGAUUAUUCACUGGGAGCAACAAUCCUCAAUAUAAAAUAACUGUAUCUAAUCAGUUUACUCAAACCGUGGAUCCAGAACUCUUCCAGACAGCUCGACUCUCUGCUUCAUCACUGAGAUAUUAUGGCCUGGGAUUGGAAAAUGGUUUCUACAACAUCACCCUCCAAUUUGCAGAAACGGUUAUUUUGGAUAAUUCUGAAUGGAAAAGUCUUGGGAGAAGAAUCUUUGAUAUUUAUAUUCAGGGGACUCUUGUUUUAAAGGAUUUUAAUAUAAAAAAGGAGGCUGGGGGCAUCUCUUUCAGUGUUGUCCUAAAGAAAUUUAGGGUUGAAGUGUUAGAAAAUUAUCUAGAGAUCCAUCUCUUUUGGGCUGGAAAAGGGACUUGUUGUAUACCAGUUCAAGGUACUUAUGGGCCCCUGAUUUCAGCCAUUAGUGCUAUCCCAGAUUUUAAACCUACUGUUAGUAACAAACCUCCAAGCAAUAAAAGGAACAGAGCUGGUCUAAUUGUGGGGAUUGUUGUUGGUGUUGGAGCUGUAAGCUUUCUAGUUGUUCUUGCAUUCUUCUAUGUCAUUCGUAAACGAAAGCGUCAUGAUGAUGACGAAGAGCUUUUAGAUAUUGACACAAAGCCAUACACUUUUAGUUAUUCCGAAUUGAAGAAUGCUACAAAUGACUUUAAUAUUGGAAACAAGCUUGGAGAAGGAGGUUUUGGGCCUGUUCAUAAGGGAACACUUGAUGAUGGAAGAGUUAUCGCUGUGAAACAACUAUCUGUACAAUCCAAUCAAGGAAAGAAUCAGUUCAUAGCUGAGAUUGCCACUAUCUCCGCUGUGCAACAUCGUAAUCUUGUUAACUUAUAUGGAUGUUGCAUUGAAGGAAAUAAAAGACUUUUGGUCUAUGAGUAUCUUGAAAACAAGAGUCUUGAUCAUGCAAUAUUUGGAAAUUGUUUAAACCUCAGUUGGUCUACACGCUAUGUUAUAUGCUUGGGUAUAGCCAGAGGUUUAACUUAUUUACAUGAAGAGUCGCGAAUCCGUAUUGUACACCGUGAUGUGAAAUCUAGUAAUAUUCUUCUUGAUUUGGAGUUUAUACCAAAAAUAUCUGAUUUUGGGUUGGCAAAAUUAUAUGAUGACAAAAAGACCCAUAUAAGCACUCGUGUGGCUGGCACAAUUGGAUAUCUUGCACCAGAAUAUGCCAUGCGUGGACAUCUUACGGAGAAAGUUGAUGUAUUUUCCUUUGGUGUUGUGCUUUUGGAGAUAGUUAGUGGAAGGCCAAAUUCUGAUUCAAGUCUGGAAGGAGACAAGAUGUAUCUUCUAGAAUGGGCCUGGCAGCUACAUGAAAACAACAAUGUAACUGAUCUUGUUGAUCCUAGAUUAUUAUCUGAUUUUAAUGACGAGGAAGUAAAACGAAUUGUGGGAAUAUCUCUCUUAUGCACUCAAACAUCACCAAUAUUACGACCAUCAAUGUCCCGUGUGGUAGCAAUGCUUUUAGGAGAUAUUGAAGUGAGCACUGUAACAUCAAGGCCUGGAUACUUGACUGACUGGAAAUUUGAUGAUGAGAUUAGCUUCAUGACUGAGGUUGCAACCAAAGGAUCAGAUACAAGUUUUUACAAUUCUUCAGCAAGUUUUAGCAUAGUAGGUGGAGCAGAUUAUUCACCAAUUGAUGCUUCCAAACCUAUCCUUCAUGAGACUCUAAGUGAGAGUUCGUAAGAAUUUGUGUUAUAGUGCUUUUGAUUGAGUGUACAAACAAUAAUAAUGGCAAUGUGCUAGGAAAAUUGUGUUCCUUUCUUUUAGUUUUACAUGUUUUUUAGCCUUUGUUGUUUGACCAUAAGAAAUGAAGUAAGGACUUGAUAAAUUAUUUUA